AGCAGUACCAGUUUUCUCUCAUUGCAUGUGUACACACAAGUUGAUAUUAUGGCAUCAUAUCUAUCACUAGUAAUGUCAUAUUGUACAGGGCAUUAAAAUAGCUCAAUGAUUCCACAAAGCGCGUACAGUCGCACACGGGAAUGGGAGAUCGAAGAAACUCACUCAUAUUUAAUUGUCUUUCUCUAACAAGACUUCUUCAUGUAACUGGAGAAGUAUGCAAGGUUUCUGAGGUUUUCUUGUGUGUGGCAUCGCGGUGAUUGGCAAGAGUUCAGAGCCAGUUUUCUGUACGAGGGAGGGCUGGUGGAAACCAUGGCCUUGUAGAUCGCUACGAUAUUGCGAACAACGCUCGCCGGCUGAGAUUGUAACUGCUGUGAGUAGCUGUUGUCCGUGACAGCUCUCAGGGGACCUGGUUCAACCAGAUGUGGGUUCCCGUGACAAGCAGUGCUGUCAAUGGUGUGUAUCAAGUGUAUGGGCAAUCGCAGAAUUGAAACUUGUUGUCACCAGCCGGAGUGCCAUGUCAGGAUAUAUCGAUGUAACUAUACAGACUAAUGACCAGAAGUAGUGACUGGAGUCAUACCAUGUGGGACUCUACCCUCACAAAUGAGGUAAUGCAACAUCCCAAAUCUCCCUGACUGUCAAUAGAGAAGGGCCUCGGUACACUCUGAACUGUGUCACCAUUGCAAGCCCUAUCGGUAGAGUUGAUUGGCGGCAACCCCACUGGUGGCAAACCUCACAAAGCUUGGGAGAAGGAAACAAAGUCCUCAACACACACAGUCACUGCCCAGUACACCUCACUAAGAGUGUAAAUACAUACACCAUCUGGGAGAAUUGUCUGCUCAUAAUAUCCCCACAUUCUGCCAGCGAAGAUAUCAAAUUUGAUGAUAACCUCGGUGAUAUGAGUGUGUCUCAGAGUGGGAUAAGCCAGGUUCGAGUCAGAUGGGAUGAAGCCAGGCCAAACAUUUUCACAGCCAGCCACAUGAACUAUCAGAAACUGGGCACGAACCAGAUCUACACUCGGACAAUCAACUGGAGGGAGCGUACUGCUGAGCUCUCUGGGCUAACAAGAGGAGCCGAUUACUCCAUUUACCUGACACAUGUUGCAUCAUUACCAAACACCGUUAAAGCCGCAACCACAUUUCACAUUGAGUCGACAAGUAUCUCAAUAACUUCUUCCCACACUUUUCCUGUCACUAUUGGAGACGAAGUUACUCUCACUUGCCGGGUAGUUAUACCCAGUGGAAUUAGUGGUAACCUGGAUUUAGAGUGGCAUCAACCUAAUGGAACAUACAGAUACGCACCUGUAUAUGGAAUUGUAGGAGGGAGAAUGGUGUAUGAUGAACUAAGACUCGGCCACAUAACUCAAUCUAAUGUUGGGGAAUAUUCUUGCACAGCAUCUCUCAAUGGCGCUGUCAGCUCAACUAUCACCAUCCCUAACCUUAACCUUCCCUCGCCUACUGUGGCCAUAGAGCAGAGUCGAUCUGAUACUCUCUAUGCUGGUACAGACAUAUCCUUGACGUGUACUGCAACAUUGACAGAAAGCUUGAGAUAUCUUGGUUUGAGUGUCCACAUUUCCUGGUCGGGCCCUCAAACCUUUAUCUCAUCUACUAUGGAGGGCUCUAAUGGUGUAUACACCAAACGUCUCUCCAUUAGUCCACUGGCCAUCUCAGAUAGUGGAACAUACAUUUGUGCAGCAACUGUUAGUGGGACCAAUGUAUACAGUAUUACUAGCAGACACAGCAGAGUUGUCUCUGUGACAGAUCUCCCACCACCUACUGUGGUAAUAUCAGAGGUCGGUGGGGAACGUACAGCUGGCGAAGAGCUCCAACUGACAUGCACUGUGACAGUAGUUGAGAAUCUCGUAACAUCUCCAUGUAUCCGGUGGACUGGAGGCAGUUUAGAAGAUGUGCAGAGUGUGGGACUCCUGUAA